AGCACAUGCAGUCUCCUAGCGACCCACCGACAGGCCUUAGGGGAACAUGCCACCAAAGGUCCGCGGUGGUCAUGCAACCACAAACGUCAUGGCCAACCGUGGGGGGACGCUGGCUGGGAUGCUGCCUGAUCACAAGAACUGCCUGCCGGGGUACAGAGAGAACGUGCCCCCGAAGUGUUUCACAAAGCACAGCAGGCUGAAGUUCCCUGGCUCCCUGAACAGCCGGCGCUGGGUGUUUGUGAGAGAGGGACUGGAUGACUUCAGGAAAAGCUGCCCACCAGGCCAGAGUCUGAUCACUCAGGGCCCCAAAAGAGCCUCUCUGCCUCAGAUUCAUCACAGAGCCCCCCAGCCUGGCCCCAGGAAGAGUCAGAAUGAGCUGCCCAAAGGGGCUGCCCUGUUGUCCAAGCUUUCAUCCACCCAGCAGGCUCGGAAGGCUUUCCUAGAGGAUGUGGAAGCUGCCCUGGCCAGGCACCCCCUGGCUCUCUACCCCCAUCUGGAAGAAGCUCUGCCUGCUGAGCUCUUAUUACAGGUGUUGGAAGUGCUUGAUCCUGAGAGGAAGCUGGAGGAUACCUGGGCUUAUUGUCAGGACACCAGGGAAAUAAUGAAGGAACCCACAAAACUUUCUGAAAAGUGUCCUCAACUGUCCCCGCCCAAGAAGAUGCCAGAAUCACAUUCAGGCCAGUGGCUUUAUAAAGAAAAGCCUAGUGAGGUGGACUUGCUCUGUAAAGACAGUCUUCUUCAUGAGAAUGUGCGCAGAGGAGUUUGUGACUUUUGCCACUGGGCUACUGCCUCUGGAAGUUCCAAGAUUGAUGAGGAGUUCAUCCUGCAGCAGUUUGACAUUGACUAUCAGACCAGACACAGUUGUGACGUGCUCCGUGUGAUGAGGCUAAACCAGGUUCCUUGGGAGCUAAAGAAGAGUGUGGGGCUGGGUAAACUGCAAGAGGCAGAAUUCUCCCAGAAACUGGAGCAUGGGCGAAGUCUGCAGAAACAACAGAAUCCUUAUAAACCAAAGAGGGUGAAGAUGAGGUAUGGCGCCUGGUAUCUGAACACCAACUUGUGGAAAAGUCAAAGGGUUGAUGAACCUUUGAUGGACCCCAAGCUCUCUCAUAGAGCUCAAGAUGAGGAUUUCAAACAGCAGCUUCAGGAGCAGGACGAGUUACUUGCAGAACUUCAUGGAACAGUUGCCUUUAAGAACUUUGUUCUAAGCAGGGGCUACAGGAUGCCAAAGUUCUUUGAGAAGAUGUAUGCAAAGAAGAAAGGUAAAUCUUGGUAUAGUAAGACUCCCCAGAAUCCCACACAAGCAUAGAAGAAUCUUGGGAAGAAGAUUAGACAGAUUUUACUGACUACAUACUUGACUAUUCGCCCUUAUUUUAAACAUGAAGUAGAAUAUGAAAAGUGCCCCACUGUGUAACCUUCCACUUGUCAAUAUCCAUAAAUGUCAGAUCUAAUACUUAUGUUUCUCAAUGGCUUUACGCGUUAGUUAAUAUUUUGUUGUUUGUUUGUUUGUUUUGAGACAGGGUCUCCCUUUAGCCCUGGUUGACCUGAAACUCAUUGUGUAGACGAGGUUGACCUACAGUUUGAAAACUCACAGAGCUCUACCUGCCUCUGCUUUCUGAGUUCUGGGAUUAAAGGCAUUCUCCACCACAGUGCUUGACCUGUUUUGAGUUCUUGUUUGUUUGUUUUUAUUUUAUUUUUUUGAGUCAGAG